AAUAAGAGCCGUAUAAUACACGUAUAAUACGGAAUAGCCCAACACUGUAUAUAUGUCAUAAUAAAUCAUAUUCCUUGCAAUUCCUUGUAAAUCCCCGAAUACUAUGCGGUUUUACGCCAUUUUAUGUGCAUAACUUUAACUUGUGAAGUGUAGUGAUAGUUGUUAUUAACAUUAUCGGGCGUCUUUUAUUGAAUGAAUAUGUAUCUUAAAUAUUUCGUGCCCGACAUGUGCAAGUAACGUCGGGCUGACAAUUUCUGUUUGAUACCCUGGGGCCUGGAAACUAUUGAGAUCACAUUUGGCUAACGAAGACAAAUAAACGAAUAAAAAUCAGAUUGCUAAUGAAUAAUUUCGACAUGCCGAUGUCUAAAUAAUAUAUUUCGUUGGAUUUCGGCUGACUGUAAAAGUCACUGAUAUUAUUAUUUUCAAUUCGUGAUUUUUAGUGAUUUUUGUGGCUGAAACUGGAAUACAGAAAAAGAAAUGUGUAGUUUGGUUUGAUAAUUAUCCAUAUGCAUAUACAUAUAUAUAUGUAUAUAUAUGUAUAUUUAUAUAUAUAUAUGUGUAUAUAAAUAUACAUAUGUAUAUAUAUAUAUAUAGAUACAUAAAUUCACAUAAUUUGCAUAUUAAUCACAACUUCCACUUAUAAUACUAUUUAUUAAAUGAUAUUUCUUGUUUGGUUAAUUUUGGCAAUUUAAAUUGUUUUGCCUGUAAUCUAUCAUACCACCUUGGUUUUCACAUUAUCUGCCGUUGUAUAUAUGUGCAUAUCAAUAUAAAUAUAUAUGUAUGUUCAAGUGUGUGAGCGCCCAUGGUGUUUAUAUGUGUUGUCUAUUUUAUUGUCAUUGGAAAAAUUGAAAAAAAAAUAAAAAAUAGUUUCAAAAGUACUGAAUAGAAAUAAUAAAGAUAUAUAAACAAGGUUUUCAGAUUGAAUUACUAUUCUGAAAAAGUUUGCAAUGAAUUCUAGAAAUAUCCCUUCUGACAAGAUUAAUCUGCGCCUUAUUCUAGUAAGUGGGAAAACAAAAGAAUUUCUGUUCUGUCCGAGUGAUUCAGCAGGAGAUAUAGCUCAUCAUGUAUUUGAAAACUGGCCCGCAGAUUGGACAGAAGAAGCGGUUGCAAAAGCUGAGAUAUUGCGACUAAUUUAUCAAGGGCGUUUUCUACAUAGCAAUGUUACGCUCGGUGCACUUGGUCUCCCUUUUGGAAAAACAACAGUUAUGCAUCUGGUACCACGGGAAAAUUUGCCCGAGCCUAAUUCUCAAGAUCAAAGACAAAAAAGUAAAGGUGGAAGCAGCAGUUGUUGUUCAGCGUCAUGCUGCAUACUUUAAGCAGACUAAAAUAUUCAAGCUGGAACAGGGCUUCUAAAAAAUUCAGAGCUGAUGAAUAAUUGUUAGUUUUUGAAAGCUUAUUAGCAGUGUAGCAAGUGGAUUCGAUAAAUUUGAUGUUUUUCGUCAAUUUUUUUUCUUUCCAUGUCUUAAAACACUCGAAAUUGAUUUGUAAUCAGAAUCACCAUAGGCUUUUGAAAAAUUCUGUUUUAAACUGAUCAAGAAAUUCUUACUUACGACUAUAAUAAAUUUAAUGUUCAACAUAACUUAAAAAAAACUAAAUUCAAAAUAUGAAUCCAAUAUUAUGUAAUAAUAUUACGAAAAAGCCAAAAUACUCGUCUAUUUUUGUUUGUUUUACAAAUUUUAAAAAACGUUAAAAAAAUUUAAACAGUUGAUUGAAGUUUUUUUAUAAUAAUAAAACUUGUUUUGUGCAAUGACUUCUUCAUAUUUGUGAAUUUUUAAAAUAAUUCGUAAUAAAAUAAACAAUCAAGUAAAGACAACAUAUGUACACUUAAAAUGCGCCAAUUAUCAAAGCCUAUUUUUUGUAACAGAAAAAAAUUAUCAAUUUGAUGGUGGGUAUGUGAUGUAAGAUAUUUACUGCAGUGCUUAUAGUCUGAAUCAUGAUUUACCUAUUACACUGCUAUCAUAAUUAUGGUAAAACUGAUGCAAAAGUGGAGGAAUGAAAGUUUCUGAAACGAAAUAAAUUUUAUGUAACGAAGCGGAAGAAAUACAUCAUAUAUGACGACAGAACGAGAAAAUAGUGUAAAUUAGCAAUGUUCAUGCAAAUGAGUAUGAUAUAUGAAAAAUUUAUGUUGUGAUAUGCAAUUAGUAGAUAAUUAUGAUAAUUAUGCAGAAUAUUUAAAUUAUAAAUAUAAAUGAAUAUAUAACAAUCUAACACUAAAACGAAAAAAAUAGUAUUACAUUAAAUUAAAAGCAGGAAAUACAAUUUUAAAUUAAAUAAUCACAUAAAAAAGAACGGAAAAGUGGCUACGACAGAAAAUCGAAUGAGCAUUAACAUAAGCUAACUUUUAUGAUAUUAUAAUUCAAUAAAAAAUGAGAAAUACAUCUUGUCAACUACUUUAUAUUGUCUUAAACCUAGUCUUUAUGUUUUAUCCGUUAGCUGCUCAAGAAAAAUAAAUUACUUAAAGCGUUACCAGUGCUUGUAGAAAAUGAUGAACUAUUGAUGAAAUUUUUGUAGUAACUUCUUGAAAUAACAAUACACAAUCUUGAAUUUUUUCUUAA